GGCUGCAGCCGCGUGGGGUCGGCAGUCCCUGCCUCUCCUCCUCCUGACUCACCGCUGUUCGCUCUCACCGAGGAAUAAGUCGGUCAGGAAGCCGCUCCACUGUCAUGGCAUUCAAAGACACCGGCAAGACCCUUGUGGAGCCCGAAGUGGCCAUUCACCGGAUCCGUAUCACCCUCACCAGCCGCAAUGUGAAAUCACUCGAGAAAGUGUGUGCUGACCUAAUCAGAGGAGCCAAAGAAAAGAACUUGAAAGUGAAGGGACCUGUUCGAAUGCCCACCAAGACACUUCGGAUCACAACUAGAAAAACUCCUUGCGGUGAAGGUUCAAAGACUUGGGAUCGGUUCCAGAUGAGAAUCCACAAACGCCUUAUUGAUUUGCACAGUCCUUCUGAAAUUGUUAAACAGAUCACAUCUAUCAGCAUUGAACCAGGUGUAGAAGUUGAAGUCACCAUUGCAGAUGCCUAACCAAUCAUUUCUUUUAAUAAAUUGAUUGCAACUAUUAAAAAAA